GGCAAGGUCGUGGAGGCAGUUUCGACCUAAUCUUUUAGGACGUGUCAUGAUCUGAGCUCGUGGAAAGUGCAUAUUUGGCUGUAAAAUGUCGUUCUGCUUCGUGCAGAUAGUAAUAACCUCGGUUUAACGCUUAAAGGAUAAUCAGUUUGUGUUAUUUUCGCUCGUGUCGUCGCAGUUUUGUUUCGACUCUCUUCGUAAUUUUGCGUCAGCGGAACUCCAGAGAAAGCACGUUCUGCAAAGACCAGAAGUUUCACUGUCUUGUUUGCUUGUUCUUUGUAUCCGACGUUAAAUUUUAAUGAGUCUCCUCGAUAGCUGGAAUUCACCUAAAUACGUUUUAGCACCUAUGGUUGAUGGGAGUGAACUUGCCUGGAGGAUGCUCGGUCGUAAAUAUGGAGUGCAGCUAACUUUCACACCCAUGAUUAACUCGACUGCAUUUCUCAUUAACAUGAAAUACCGCCGCAGUUGCUUGCAGUUCGCCUCAGAAGACCGACCACUUAUUGUUCAAUUUUGUGCUAAUUCUCCAGAUACGUUCGUUAGGUGUGCUAAGUUGGUGCAACCCUUUUGCGAUGCAGUCGACCUGAAUCUCGGUUGCCCCCAAGGAAUUGCUAAAAGAGGGCAUUAUGGUGCGUUUUUGCAAGAUGAGUGGAAUUCUCUUAAGGAGAUUAUUAGCCGCGCUUCGUUAGAGCUUAAUGUUCCCGUCACUUGCAAAAUCCGAAUCUUUAGUGACGUUGAGCGAACUGUUCAGUAUGCAAAACUUCUCGAAGCUGCAGGGGCUUCUAUGCUUACAGUUCACGGACGCACCAGAGAAAUGAAAGGUCAAAAAACUGGACUAGCUGACUGGAAUCAAAUUAGAGCAGUAAAAGAAGCAGUAAAAAUACCUGUUAUUGCCAAUGGAAAUAUUCAGUAUUUGUCAGAUGUCCAUCAGUGUUUGGACUCAACAAAAGCCGAUGCAGUUAUGAGUGCAGAGGGUCAUCUUCACAACCCAGCUUUAUUCCUAGGAAUCCAACCAUGUAUCUACGACAUGUGUUUUGAAUAUUUGGACUUAGUGGAGAAGUACCCAACAUCCAUGCAAAUAAUCAGAGGACAUAUCUUUAAACUAUGUCAUCAUGCAUUGGACGAACAUUCUGAAUAUCGUUCACUGAUUGGGACCUCUCAAUCAACUAAGGGAAUAAAAGAAAUAUUACAAAAGAUGGCAAAUCAAUGCUCAUCGUGUGUGCAAAACAGUUCAAGUGAAUUGCCCCAUCCUCACUGGUUAUGUCAACCUUAUGAGCGACCGAUUACAUUUUCAGAACAAGCGAAAGUUGAAAUCUCGAUGCAAGCAGUUAACGGGUCGGAUUUUCAUGGGGUUGACAGCAAUGUAUCUGCGAAAAAAAUCAUGUUAAUGGAGCAAAGACGUAACCGGAAAGCUUCAAAGAAAGAGGUUAAACUUGCUAAGAAGUUAGCAAUCGUUGAGGGAAAGCUCAUAUGUUUUAUUUGCAACAAGAAUCGGAAAAGUUUAAACUGUGCCAGAUCAGUUUGUCGCACAUGUUGUCAAAGUCAAAGUGAAUCAAGUCUGAAUUCAUUAACAAACACUUUUUGUUCAUUCCAUCAUCGUCAAAUAAAUAAUGCUAUAUUAGAUUAGUAAAUUUUUCUUUUCACAAAUUUUGACAUGUUAACGAUGGUCAUAGCAAUUGUGUGCAUGUUCUCAAGAUUCUGGUUCCAUCAAUGUGGGUGAAUGUCAGAAAUAUAUAAACUUAUUGAACAAACUUCAAGUUGAAUGUUAUGGGUAAGUCGGGUAUCUCGACUCCUCAUGUUGUUUGUCCUUCCGAUUCUUGUCUAAUAUCAAACUUCCUUAUUUCUAUAAAAAUUAACACUGGCCCAUAUUUUGUUCUUUAAUUUUUCGCAACGCAUUUCAUCUAUAACUCUAGGAUUAACACUCACCAAAAUGGGACGCUUAUCGAACAAACGAACCCGGAAAUGGUUUAAUGCUUCGAAUAAUAGCAACUCCUGUUUCAACUGAGAAUGUUAGGGUCGGACGGUUAUCUCUAUCUAAUUUACUUACGAGUUCCACAUUAAGAUGCAAUAGCGUAAAUUAUGUAAAUGAUAAAUUAGACAGCAUCUAUGAGCGAUAUGCUUCCUAAAGUGAAGGUUCUCCAUCUUAAGCAAGAAAUAAAGGCUUUAUCACCACUUAAGCUACUAUUGGCGAAGGUUGUGGUCCCUACUGAUCAUGGAGACAUUAAAAAGACAGUAUUUGUUAGCGAUUCUAUUGCUAGCUAAUUACUAGAAAUAACGCAAUUUUCUGCAACAUACGUUACGAAAUCCCGCCCAUAUGAAUACUAGUGUUUCGCUUGAUACCACCGCAAGGACACAAAGAAACCAGCUGCAAAAAACAAUCCCAUCGAAACUAUAUUUCGAGGAAUACAGAUCUGGUGCGAUAACUCGCAAAAUUUCGGUAGCUCAUAACUAAGCAGGAACUUAGUGCCGAAAAAUAUGCGACUAGACGUUGAUAGACACUGUAUUGGUCUUCACUCCUUAACAUGCUUCUUUCGCCUAACUACGCUCAGACUACCUUCCUCCUAUUAGCCAUAUUGAUAAUAAAUCAAACAUGAAUACAAAGCCGAUGUUCCUACUUCUUCAUCUUCACUCCAUGACAAAACAAACAACCCACUAGGUUUACAUCACACCCUUUUAUCAGACGAUUACUCACCGUAACUGACAUCAAUGUUAAUCAAUCCCCGAUCUGUACAAAACGACUUCUUUACGCACCCUGUUAUUUUUAAACAAACCAUCACUUAUAUGGAUAACAAAAAGUUAGUUAUCUUCCGAUACCACAGACUCAUACCUUCAAAUUAACACCGAUGAGCUCUUCCGCUGUGAUCUAUUCACUAAGGAGAGCAGUGGUUAUUAUAUAUACGCACCUAAAUGUGUGAGCGAAAAUAUAUGGCAAUGCUGUCCUCAGCAAACUGCCUGAUUCGAUACGAAUGUGAAAUGCUAGUUGUAUGUAUAUAUAUAUAUAUAUAUUCAGCUCCAAACAAUCCUAGUUCAACUUACACUACUGUGAGUCAUUUGCUAGGGCUGUCUCCCUUGAUUUCGCUUGGAAAUUUUUUUCAGUGAUUUCAACCUUUCAAGCACCAACUGGAAGACACACUCUGGCCUGCUGUGCUGUGUAAGCAUACUAAGUUCCUUAAACAACCGAUGUUGGUAUCAAUAUGUAAACCUGCCUGCACGAAACCACAACACUCCCAACUUGAUAGUCUGUCACAAUAUCACACCGACAACUGUAGUGAUGUUAUAUCCUGAUAACAAUAUUGAAUGGUAACUUUGGGAUCUAUUUGUGGACCAGUAUUAUGCAUAUAUUUUUUAUCGUAUAAUUGCUAAAUAACUAAACUAUUCAUAUUCGUGUUCCCCUUAUUAUAGGCUUUAUUUUGACCUAUAAACUA